AUGACGACACUCGCAGUUGCGCGGUCAAUGUUGCGUGUAAACCACGCGGGCGAGCUGACAGCGCGACGCAUAUAUGAAGGACAACUAGCUGUUUUACGGGUACUCGAUCCUGAGACGGUCCCUCUCGUCCAGAAAAUGUAUGAACAAGAGCAAGGCCACUUUGUGCUGUUUGAAGACCUUGUUAAAGGAUAUGGGGCGCGACCCACGAUUUUACAGCCACUCUGCAAUGCAGGCGGCUGGCUGCUAGGCGCCGCUACAGCAUUCGCAGGCCGCUCCACAGCCAUGGCAUGCACUGAAGCCGUGGAGACGGUCGUCGGAAAUCAUUAUAGCAUGCAACUACGCGAGCUUCUUGAUGGUCUUCGCAAAGAACAUGGUACGACUAAUCAUGAUGCCUCACAAACCGACCUCCAGGAUCAAAAAGAGCACUCCGUUCUUGGUGCGGCGGAGACUCAUAAACUUGCUACUUCCAUUGCAAAGUGUCGUGAUGAAGAGCUGGAACAUUUGGAUGCGGCUUUGGAGCAUGGCGCGCGUAGUUCGCCGAUCUACAAAGUGGCAUUUCCGUUGAUUGCCGCGGGCGUCUCUGCAGCUAUUGCGCUCGCUCGUCGUUUCUGA